AAACUGUUAUCAAAAUGGUCAACUGUUAAUUUUCACGCGAAUUACUGAAACCCUCUCCUGACAAUCUUCGAUUUCCUCUCCGACGAUCGGAGAACAUGGCCUAGAGCUAGCAGAGUAGCGUUGUUUCAGUGUUAAAAGGGACGGAAAGAGAGAAUAUUUGAGAAGGUUCUCGAGGAGGAAUCUCUCCGGCGCGAUCUCCGAGGAAAAGAAUGAUUCCGUCGCCUGAUAUUACCGGAAUACUGGAGAACUCGAAGGAUCUCGAUCGCUUACGGAAGGAGCAAGAGGAUGUGCUCGCCGAUAUCAAUAAGUUGCACAAGAAGCUCCAAACGACCCCUGAAGUUGUUGAGAAGCCAGGUGAUAAUUCUUUGUCAAAGCUUAGAUCCCUAUAUGAGAAAGCUAAAGAGCUUUCAGAAAAUGAAGUGAGCGUUUCAAGUCAGCUAUUGGGGCAACUGGAUGCUUUCAUGCCUUCUGGACCAUCGGCACAACCACGGCGAAGAAUGGAUGGUAAUGAACAGAAAAAGAAACGAAUGAAGGCUGAUUCAGACAUCUCAAGGCUUUCUCCAUCAAUGCGAAGCCAGCUGGAUUCUCUUGCCAGUAUGAAGGGUGAUCAAGUUGCAGCUAGGGUCACACCAGAAAAUGCCGAGAAAGAUGAGUGGUUCGUGGUUAAGGUUAUUCAUUUUGACAGGGAAACUAGAGAAUUUGAAGUACUUGACGAGGACCCUGGUGAAGAUGAAGAGGGUGGUGUCCAGAGAACAUAUAAGCUGCCGAUGACACAUAUUAUACCUUUUCCCAAGCGGAAUGAUUCCCUAGGCCCUGAAGAUUUCCCUCCUGGUAAACAAGUUUUGGCAGUAUAUCCAGGAACAACUGCAUUGUAUAAAGCAACUGUAGUCCAGCCUCACAAGAGGAAGACUGACGACUAUGUGUUGGAAUUCGAUGACGAUGAGGAGGAAGAUGGUUCUUUGCCUCAGAGGUUUGUACCCUUCCACAGGGUGGUAAGCCUCCCAGAAGGACAUCGUCAAUGAGAACUGCGCACAGUGACGCCCACGCCGACGAACGCUGUUCAUAUAUAUAUAUAUAUAUAUGUGCUUGUAAAAUAGAUUUUUAGUUGGUUCCACAGCAUUGUUGUCGGUGGGCCUAUUAACUAAGAAUCGUACGCGUCUUGUACUGUUAUCUAUGGCCUUUGCUUGUGUUAAUACUGCCGCAUAGUUUAUUGUCAUAAAGCUUUGCUUUUACAAUAUAA